AAAAAGGCCGUAUGUAAUGUAUGGCGAGGGUGGUUAGUUGAUAGAGAGUGACGCGGAACACAAAAAAGGAAAGGGAAAGUUGCAUAAGUCAUGAGGCGCAAUAAAAGAUCCAUUGAGAGGUUCUAUUCUAUAUUUCACAUCUACAGUUCCCACUUUUGUGUACACUAAACAAACAGAUAGAAAGCAUCGAUUGGGCGCGCGCGUAAAGUACAUAACCACCGCAGUUUCAUGUAUAAAUAAAUAAUACCCGCCUACCUCAUUCAGAAAAUGGCAUUCCUUCGUAAUACUAUUUCUCGUUCCCUUCUUCAUUCUCCUCUAUCGCAGGCCAUUCUUCUCCCUUCAUCUUCUGCACUUCAACAAGGGAUUUCUGGAAGCUCUCGAAGCUAUGGCAGUUAUGAAUCUUCUGACAAAUGUAUCUUGGAGGAUGAAGAGAUAGCAAGACUUCGUAACCAAUUCGAAUCUGCUAAACACAGUUUUCUCAACAUUCCUGAUGCACUCAAAGAAAUGCCUAAAAUGAAUCCUAAAGGCAUUUAUGUGAAUAAGAACUUGAGAUUAGACAGAUUGCAAGUCUAUGGUUUCGAUUACGAUUACACAUUAGCACAUUACUCCGAUCAUUUGCAGACUUUGAUAUAUGACCUUGCCAAGGAGUAUAUGGUUAACGAGCUUAGGUAUCCAGACAUUUGCAUGAGUUUUAAAUAUGAUCCAUCUUUCCCUAUUAGAGGUCUAUACUAUGAUAAGUCAAGAGGAUGCCUCAUGAAGCUGGAUUUCUUUGGUUCAAUUGAGCCUGAUGGAUGCUACUUUGGUAGACGCAGGCUGAGCCAAAGUGAAAUAAUUGAGGCAUAUGGUACGCGACACAUUGGUCGUGAUCAAGCUCGAUCACUGGUUGGUUUGAUGGAUUUCUUCUGCUUUAGUGAGGCAUGCCUCCUUGCAGAUAUAGUGCAGUACUUCGUGGAUGCUAAGCUAGAAUUUGAUGCUUCCUACAUUUAUGAAGAUGUUAUUCGUGCAAUUGAUCAUGUCCACCGAAGUGGCCUGGUUCAUAGAGGAAUUCUCUCUGAUCCACAUAGGUACUUGGUGAAAAAUGGAAAGAUUUUAUGUUUUCUCAAGAUGCUAAAGGAGAAGGGAAAGAAGCUUUUUUUGUUGACAAAUUCUCCUUAUUACUUUGUUGAUGGUGGGAUGCGUUUUAUGUUAGAGGAUUCUCUGGACAGUAGUGACUCCUGGACAGAUCUGUUUGAUGUUGUGAUUGCCCAGGCCAAUAAACCGCAGUUUUAUACAUCUGAGCAUCCAUUCCGUUUAUAUGAUACAGAGAAGGACAACUUAACUUUUACUAAGGUUGAUGAAUUUCUUCCAAAUAAAAUUUAUUAUCAUGGAUGCCUCAAAUCCUUUCUCCAAAUAACCAAGUGGAAAGGCCCAGAGGUGAUAUAUUUUGGAGAUCACCUUUUUAGCGACUUGAGAGGGCCCUCAAAGGCAGGCUGGCGCACAGCUGCAAUCAUUCAUGAAUUAGAGACUGAAAUACAGAAGCAAAAUGAAGAUACGUACCGCACUGAGCAGGCAAAGUUUCAUAUAAUACAGGAGCUACUUGGUAAGUUGCAUGCAACUGCAGCUAAUAGUGUGAGAACUGUAGCUUGCAAAUCACUUCUGGAAGAACUUAAUGAGGAAAGACAAAAAGCACGGAUCAAGAUGAAGAUGAUGUUUAACGAAUCUUUUGGAGCAACAUUCCUCACUAGCACAGGACAAGAAUCUGCUUUUGCUUAUAACAUUCAUCAGUAUGCAGAUGUUUAUACCAGUAAGCCGGAGAAUUUUCUUCUUCAUUCACCUGAAGCGUGGCUUCAUGUUCCAUUUGAUGUCAAGAUUAUGCCUCAUCAUGUGAAGAUUCCAUCAAGUUUGUUCAAAACUGGAUGAAUACCACUCUAAAUUGCUUCAAACUUUUACUGUCAUUCUGCAGUUCUAACUUCUAAUGGAACAAUCAGUCAAAAAAACUUAUAAUGGGACAAUGAUGCCGGCGAUUUGAAUGUGCAUUUCAUUGUCUGAGGUGCAACUGGAAGACACUUGUUGCCGCUGUAACAUUCAGUCAAUUUUCAAGUUUUCUUGAUUACCCCACUUCAUCUUGCUGUUGCUAACAUAGUCUCUUAUGUUUCACAUGAAAUCAGGAAAGUGAAACCCCUAUACAUAGAAAAGUAUAUAUUUCUUCAUAUCAUCAACGACUCAGAAGUUUAAGCACUUCUUUUUUGAGAUCACAGAAAGAUUCCAUUUUUCAGAAGAAAUAAAGAAUUCGUUAUUGAGAUUUUGAAUGUAUAAGAGAUUUAGAAAGUACUUUAUUAGAGAUUCAAAUCUAUGUUAUUAAUUUUGUAAUGACCGUUAAUCCAGCAAAGGCAUGCUGGUUAUCAACGUCAACAUGUAGUUGUGUGAGAAAUGAUCUUGGCCGGUUUAUUCAAGCAAGGAUUGAGUGGAGCAUUAUUUACUUGUCUGUUGAGUAAGUAGAGGUUUGGCUCUACAUUGGUGCAUUGAUCUUAAAUUACGGAUAUUGUCAUUUUUUUGCAUACCAUGUAAUUCUAUUUUUUUUCUUCUUUCAAAA